AUGAUAGCACCCAAAGUCUUCCUUCAGCAACUCAACAAUCUCAUCAGAGCCAAGACGAUGGCCCUGAAUUACGACGAAGGUGAAUUGAUGGCGACGGAGAUGAUACAGAGGACGGACACAAGAAUAAGCAAGGAGGUUGAGGGACGUCCGUACGAGAAGCGUUUAGAAGUGUUGGUAUUGUACAAGCGCAAGAGAAGGAAAGAGGAAGACAAUGGUGUCAGAAGUGGGAUAGCAAUGCGCCGAUUUGUUCACCGCGCAUCAAUGCUAGAGACCAGCGCCCAAAGGCCAGACGACCCCCUCUUCAUCCGCCGUCGCCCUUGUCGAGGGAAAGUAAGCCCGCAGCUACGGCUUCCAUCACUCUCCAAGCGGUUCGAGGAGUACUCACCGUAUUACAACCUGGUGCUCGGGGAUACGCUUCGUCGCAGUUUCGAGGUUGAAUUCACAGUUGCAGAUGUCCGAGAACCGAUCCAAGGAGCCGAUUUCUUCAAACACAAUCCACUGCUCAUCGAUGUCUCGCGCAGAUGUCUUGUUGAUUCAGAAACCCAUCUCUCCGUCAAAGUAGCUGAAAUGUUUGAUGUUACCGCGCCUCGUCCAACACCAACUAUCAGUUUCAGCAUCAAAACUACGGGUGUUCCAAAGCCUGUGCGAGCCUACCGUCUCAUUCCUGACAAAGCGCAAGCAGCUAUGGAAGAGAUUGCCAACGAGAUUCGUCUUGGCCGCAUGGACGUUGAUGGAAGACAAAUGGAGUGGCUGAAGGGGAACUCCAUUCUUCGUGAUGAUGGAAAGGAAGGCGUUGACUUGUAUGAUGUGCAAAUGAAGACAGUCUUCAAGGAGAAUGGCUUGGAGAAAUGUGUCAUUGGGAAAAGUUCCUUUGUGAAUGCCCUCUUCAACUACGCUGUUGGUGUCACCUAUGAUGAUGACUUCAGGUUUAUCAUCGCUUCCUCGCCGAACGAAACUAAUCAAGAGGAAAGUCAAACCAAGACUGUGACAGCGUACUCGUUGGGAAUGCAAGAUAUCAAAGGUUCUCGUUUUCGCUGGGCCCUCACAAUCGUAGAUACUCCUGGGUUCGGAGAUACAGGGGGGAUCGAAGAGGAUAGGAGCAAUUGGCAGAAAAUUAGGAAGUUGUUCGAAAAUGGUACGCUUGGACUGAAUCGGCUCCAUGUGAUCGUUUUUGUGGUUCCGGCCACUCAAGUUCGAAUCAAUGCCAGAGAGGAAACGCUAUACUCAGAAAUUACUGCCAUGUUUGGAAAAGACUUUGUGAAACACAACUUUCACAUUCUUGUCACGUGGGCACUUCUUCAAAGGAGAAGGCCACAAGUCAUAGCAAGCCUGGAGGCUGCCGGUGUUCCUACAAAUAAGUACUUCAUUGUCGAACUGGGAACAUUUAUGGAAAAGACCGAUAAAAAGGCAUGGGAAGUGCAACAAAAAACAUUGAAGAACUUUUGCGACUGCUUAGAAGAAGGUCUGAAGCCAGUUAGCCUUCAGCUCACGAAGGAAAAUUUGGAAAAUCUGGACAACAUCGAAAACAACUUGCGUCAAUUGAAGAUCUUGUUGAAAGAGCGGGAUAAGGAAGAGGAGAAACAUGGGAUGAUAGUUAGGCUACAUGAUGCAUUCAAAGGACACAAACGGGCAGCCAUUCAACCCUAUAUGCCAUAUGUCAGAGAAUUCUUCGAGAUCAUGUCUGAGGACUCAGGAGUGAAAAGUAAAUCGAAAAAGAGCGAAUUAGGAUUCAGCACUUACGAGGAGGGAUUGGAGAAAAUGCGAAAGCGAUAUCUGCAGGAAUCACAGAAGAAAAAAAGCUGGAUGCAUACAAUGCUCAUCAUUCGGAACAAUUUGAGAAGUGAACACAUUUUGAAUGUGAAGUGA